AUGCGUGACUGUUUAUCAAACCCAUCGUGGGAUUUCGUAGGUCCUCUGUCCACAACAGAAACGCGCUAUGAAACUGUUGGAAAAGUAUCCAAGUUUUCAAGUACAAGUCCAGGCGAGCGUGCCCGUGAACCACAUGAUGAUGAUGAUGAUGAUGAUGAUGAUGAUGAUGAUGAUGAUGAUGAUGAUGAUGAUGAUGAUGAUGAUGAUGAUCACCAGCCACUUUCCUGGUUGAUAGGCAUUCCCACAGACAAAGGCCAAGCCGUCGCUUCGAAGCCUGAAAGCCUUGGCCCAGUGGUCAUUCACUUGUGGAAGAAGACAUCGGAGAGAGACAAUUCUGGGCUUGACUGGAAGGUAUUGCUUGUGGCCAAGAGAAACUCCUGGUGUCUAGAGAAGACUGCAACGCGCACUGAUCAGCUCACGUUGCAGGCGCACAUCCAUCCAGCUGCGAUCCUUCAGUGA